AGCCCAAAAAUCUUAUUGGCCUUUUAAACCAUGACAAGGAAACCCUAGACUAGUUCCACCGCAUCGUAUAAGAGCCAUAAACGUUUUCAGUAGUCUUCUUUUCUUAUUUGUGAGAUCAGCUACCGCUAGGGUUUUGGUAAUCCACAUUUCGAGACAUGGGUAAGGGAACCGGGAGUUUCGGAAAGAGGAGGAACAAGACACACACAUUGUGUGUUAGGUGCGGCCGCCGCAGCUUUCACCUUCAAAAGAGCCGCUGUUCUGCGUGUGCCUAUCCUGCUGCCCGCGUCAGAAAAUACAACUGGAGUGUGAAGGCAAUCAGAAGGAAGACAACAGGAACUGGAAGGAUGAGGUACCUUCGUAAUGUUCCACGUAGGUUCAAGAGCAACUUUAGAGAAGGGACUCAAGCAACCCCAAGGAGCAAGGGAGCUGUUGCCAGUGCUUAGAUUCAAAUGAAGAUUUUCAUGUAUUUUAGUAUCUGAACAACAAGUUUUGGAUUUUGAUGAUGUUUGUUUGCUUAUGAGAUUUUACUUUUGAUAUGGAAAAGAAAGCAGCUACUUUCUAUUUUA